UCCGUUUUAACGAGUCGGCUGUGGCGAUUUCUCGUGCGCGAUUAAUUGCGCGCGAGCGAGCGCGCGCGCGCGCGCGUGCGUGAAUCACGUAGUUUCUCGGCGCUGCUCUACCGAUCGCGAUCGGGUCGAUCGCGCACGGGGCGAUUGGAAAGCUCCCCGGCCUUAAUAAACUUACUCUUGGCACGGAAACGCACAUUCCUAUCCCCUGAGUGUCGGUCACCGCCUCGGAUUUCGUUAAUAUGCUGUUACACCCCGUGAACGACGAAGCGGCCGCUUCACGAUAUUUACAUAACGUGAGCGCAUAAUGUGCGCAUGAGAACGCGUUGGUCCAGUCGGUAGUGAAGAAGCUUAUCAAAGUAUACAUCGAUAAUAGAUUAAUACAUUAAAGAAAAUAUAGAUCAUGGUUUGUAGAGCUGGUGAAAAGAUUCAAGUAUGUGCGAUUCAAUUUACUACGCCUUUCGAGGCUAAUCAUAAGCUUUGCACUAGCAACAAAAUUUCCUUAUUUGUAUCUACACGCGUGAAGGAUCUUUACAAUUACAUCGAAGAACAUUAUCACAUCCGGGCAGAUAAUUUUAAGUUAUUUUUAUUCACGUCGUGCCAGAUGACCGAUUUGUCCGAAGUGAAAGACAAAACGAUGGAAGAAAUAGGAGUGGAUUUCUCGGUCGAUCCGAAUGAAGCGAAAAAUACUCUCUUUGUUACUGAUCCCACAAGUUCUUCCUGGUCGCAAAAGAACCCGGACUAUGGUUUGCCAACGUAUAAUCUCGCAGCUGCACCGCCUCUCUACAGUCGACCUUUAUGGGGAGAAGAUGAUAACUUCAAAAAUUUCAUUAAAACUGAGACAAGUUACGUUGGUUUAGUCAAUCAAGCAAUGACUUGUUACCUGAACAGUCUUCUCCAAGCACUGUAUAUGACACCAGAAUUUCGUAACGCGUUGUACAAUUGGGAAUAUGUGGAUGGCUCGGAAAAGGAUGAAGCCCUGAGUAUACCGUACCAGUUGCAGAAGUUAUUUCUAAAUCUGCAGACGUCCACAAAGUCCGCAGUAGAGACUACAUCCUUAACCAAAAGUUUUGGCUGGGAUUCUACCGAGGCAUGGCAACAGCACGACAUUCAGGAGCUUUGCAGAGUUAUGUUUGACGCAUUGGAACAGAAAUUCAAGAACACAGAACAGGCUGACUUAAUCAACAGACUCUACGAAGGAAAGAUGAUUGAUUACGUUAAAUGCCUCGAGUGUGGGACUGAGAAAUCAAGAGAAGAUACGUUUCUUGAUAUCCCAUUACCGGUCAGACCGUUUGGAAGUAACGUUGCGUACACCUGUGUGGAGGAAGCAAUCAGGGCAUUUGUCCAGUACGAAAUCUUGGAAGGAGCCAAUCAGUACCACUGUGAGAAGUGCAAUAAGAAGUGCGAUGCGCAUAAAGGAUUAAAGUUCACGAAGUUUCCAUAUUUAUUAACUCUACAUCUUAAGAGGUUUGAUUUCGAUUACAAAACUUUUCACAGGAUCAAGCUCAAUGAUAGAGUCACGUUUCCAGACAUACUGAAUUUAAACCCCUUCAUCUCGUCCACAACAAGUCAAGAGUCUCCGGGUGGCGAGGAAGACAUUGGUUUAGGCAUCAAAUGCGACGAUAGUUCCACAACGGAUAGCGGCACAUUGGAUGAUGAUUGUAUACCGUGUGACAACAGUCUCUCCAACAGCAAUCACUCAGCCAAUCACGAUCAAGACGAUGACGAAGGCAUAGAUAUGAGCAACGGGCCGUCGACAUCGAAUUGUACCGUACAUAACCACGAGAACGAGAAGAAUCGCGGUACCUAUAUGCUGGGAAGAGGCCCAUAUCAAUAUGAAUUGUUCUCCAUCAUGAUCCACAGUGGAAGUGCGAGUGGAGGCCAUUAUUACGCUUACAUUAAGGAUUUUAGGACACAAGAGUGGCUGUGUUUCAACGAUCAGAGCGUGACGCAGAUCACCCACGAUGACAUUCAGAAGACGUACGGUGGUGGGCCCACAAGGGCGUAUUACAGCGGUGCAUACAGCAGUAGCACGAAUGCGUACAUGCUCAUGUACAGGCAAAUCGAUCGUGCUCGUAAUUCCUUGCCUAUGCAAGUCCAAGAUUUUCCGCGACAUAUCCAGGAAUUACUGAAGAAGAUGAAGGAGAGCGAGGAUAAUGACAGGAAAAAUCGCGAGAAACAGAUGUCGAUACCCAGGCUGAAGGUUUACUGUCAUCAUCCGGUGAAGGGGAAGUUGAUGGACAUCAAGUUAUACCUUAUGGCCGACACUACUUGGGUCGAAGCGACUGAGCAAGCGUACAAGAAAUUCGGCCUUGAGAACAUCGUGAAUCUGGAUCAGUGUCGUUUAGUUAGUUACGACCAUAACAUCGACCUGAUAGAAUGUAGUUACGAUGACAGAGAGCAAGAGUCCGUUGCUAGUAUUUGGCAGAAUCAACACGGAUUCGAUUUGUUGUUAGAAAUUCGCCGUAAAGAUCAGAAGUUCGAGACAUUCUUGCCAGGUGGAGUUGCCACAAAGGUGUUUGUCAUAGAUGUAGCUAGAGAGGAGGUAAUUGACGGUCCGAUCAAUAUCCGAGGUUUAUUGUCGCAAAGUGUUAAAGAGUAUAAACAAACCGUAGGAAAAGUAAUUAAUAUGGAUCCUAAACAAAUGAAAAUAAUAUUACCAAAGUACUCAGACUCGUAUGAUCUCGUGGAAAACGACGAUAGCGAUCUUCAGACUGAAGGAAUUUAUAACGUGAAAAAAGUAUUCGUAUUAACGAUGAACGAUACUGAUAAUAACAAACCUCUUCAAGAAUCGACGGUGUAUAAGAUCAUAAAGAACUUCAAGUACGUUAUUUCCCUACACAUUCAGUUGCCGGAUAUCAGCAAAGAAGCGUUGGAGGAAUUGAAUAUCCCGUCAUUGGUAGAUAAAUACGAGGAAAAGGAGAAACCCAUCAGCAACGGCUUGCCGAAACUGGGCGUUACCGAGUCACAUUGGGACGUAAAUUCGAAGUAUAAUGAAGCCUCCAAAGGUAGCGUCGCACGUAGCAACGAGGACACCACCAUACGGAACAUAAGCCCUCAGUUGGGAGAAGCCGAGGAGUGGAAUACUCCCGAGCAGAGUAACAGCGAGGACAGUAGCCUCAGCGACAGCGACAAAACGUUGGUAGGCGACGCACCGGAGGACGAGGAUCCCCGACCGCCGACUUCAUGGGAGCCCCGUCGCUUCCGCGACGCGGAGAUUUCGAAGCAGUUCGAGAUAGAAAACUGGGACAUCGGUGACGAUUCUGAUUGCUAUUUCAAAGCGACGCCGCACAUGGAUAGCACUCAAAAACUACUUAAGGUAUUAGUAGACAAGAGAAUGAGAUUGAGUACCUUGAAGAAAGAACUGGAGCCGCUCGUGGGUGUAUCCGUGGAGUACUUCAAAGUUUUUCGCCUAUCGAAUGAUACCGGCGAAUCGGAGUGCAGCUGCUUGACAGAACAGCUCAACUCGUACAACGACGGCGAAAGGCUCAGCAUAAAACUCGGACGUGCCCUGCGUAGUGGAGAAUUCAAAGUGAAACUGUAUCAGUUAUUGAUCGACUCUAUUGAGCCUUACAAAUUUUUGUGCGAAUGGAUCGUCUCGAAAAACAUGACGGUCGGACAAGCGAAGAAGGAGAUACUGGCGGAGAUCAAGAGAAAGUACGACAUCGACAUACCGUAUGAAAGAUGCAGGCUUAGAGAAAAAUAUUGCAAAACAGCGUCGAAGGUGUUCUUGGACGAGCAGAAGUUCGACGACCUCCGGUCACACUUGCAAUUCGAGAUGAUUAUUCAAGAGCUGCCGGAUAAAGAGACGGUCACGGACUCCAAUCAGAUUGUCUUGUUUGUCAGGAGGUGGUUGCCGGCAAAGUUAGUGCUGGAGCAGUUCCAGGAGAUAGUUCUGGAGAAUAGAACCGUCGAAAAACUAAAGAAGAAGCUCUCCUCGAUAUCAGAUAUUCCGGAGGAAUAUAUCAAUAUAGCGAAGGGGAAAGGCGCUUUUCCGUGCGACAAUUCCGUGUUGCGAAUCCAAAACGAGCAUGACUGGAACGAACAUAAUGAUAGUCUGUCUAUCAACUUCGAAGAUGGUGACGUCUACUUAUAUAGGGAUAGUAGGGAAAAUCCGAAACGACUAAAUCCUGACGAGGUAAUGGAAAUCGCUUUUAAAGAGAAUUCACGCUUAACGCCGCUUUCUACUACUUCGAGUUACAGUCCACGUCGGGAGAGAGCACUUAAAAUAUAUUUGGAUACCAAAUGAUCGUCCAUAGAGAGAGAACACGCAUCUCCUAAAAAUCAGUUGCUAAAUAGGCAAGUGUGCGAACACAAAACAUUUGCACACAAGAUGUUUGUAUGUUGGCCAUUUGUGAAAUCAAAAUUUCACCAAAUGCCGAGUGUUUUGUGUUCCAGUGUGUCUUCAGCAUUUCGAAGCUUCCGCGUUCCUGAAGGUUUUCGGCUUUUUGUAAUUAUUAGACUUUUGAAAUUGUUUGGAUUCAUGAGAUAUAUAGUAACACGUCAUUUCGGGUCUCGGUUAUCGCAUCAAGUGUUGAGAUUUCUAGGACUCGUAUGGAGUAUAAAAUAUCUGAUAAUAUCCGGUCUGUUGAAUCAGUUUUCCAUCUAUGCGAAAUCCAACUAAAGAGCACAAUUGUCGAUUAAGAAACGAAAGGAAACGAAACCGAUGAGAGGUGGGCGGUGAAGAAAUUUCUUGAUAUACGCUCGACGAAAGUUCAUAUAUGCGAGUUAUUGACUUCUCAGUUUCUUGCAUAACUACGUAACUUGAAUUCCUGUCACUUCCUUAUUUUGGCGAAUCUGCUCGAUUUCCCACUGUAGACAAUUUUUAUAUACAUACACCUCUCUAUAUACUUGUUUAAAGGAACAUAUAAGGCAUUGAUCUUUUCGUCGAAAGGCUUUCAUACACGUCUAGUAUCGAAAGGCAUCACCUUCGUCCAACACACUUUCGUCAUCGUUCCUUUUGUUGUCACUUGUCUCUGGUAUAACGAUGUUUAUUAACCCUUUUAAUGCCAAACAAUAGACGACAUUCUUCUGUUCUGCUAAUUGAGCUUACGAUUUUCUUAACGGAGGCUUCAAUAACUUUUAUCACCAUCUUCCGAAUCCGAUCAUUUGUACUAAUAGCAUUAACUCGACUUGUGCCGAAACCCACAUGUACAAAUGUGAUUAAUCUUUUAAUAACAGAUAUGUUAGUUACGUAUUGAUUAUCUUUUAAUUAAUCAUUUAACUAUUAUUUGCUAUUCGCUAUUAAUGUAUAACGUUCAAAGACAAUAGUGCAAUCAUUUUUGAGAGAGAGGAAUCUCGAGUGAAACGGGAUAUUAUUUGUUUCUCCUCGCCAUAUUAUUGACGUACAAAUCCUGUAGCAUACUGCUGGGUAAACUUAUUCGCUUAUAUUUAUAUUUGAUAUUGGGGUUUUAUAUUUCAUGAUUUAUAUUCAUUAUUAUACCUUGCGUAAUUUCUGAAAUGAUUAUGAAAAAUGUUUUUGAAAAGAACGGUUAUGAAAAAUAUUGUUACGAUAUAAUCAAUAUAUGCACAAGAAGAGAUUAAUUUCUGGUCAUAUUUAUUAUUUUUUAAUUUGGAGUUUUCUUGUGUAAUUUAACUGUAAAUAUUGUAUCAGUGUAAGUUUUUUUUUAAAUUUAUUUUUACGCGAAAAUGUGCAAGCUUUUUAUAUUUUAUACCAUGUGUUGAAUCAAGGUUAAAAAUAUUAUUUUGCAUUUACUAGAUAUUUAAUUUAAAAUAACUUUCGCUUUCUUCUCUCUACUGCAAAAAACAUGGCAUUGGAAGGGUUAAAAAACAUAAAAUUUAUACUACAUUUCCCAUACAUAUCGUUUUAAUUAAAUCGCUUUAGUGGCAACAAAUGUGUGGCAUGACAGCAGAAUGAAAGUGAUUCCUCUAAGGGAAAGAAACUUUACAACAAGUUUUUCGCGUGUUUUGCAUUAUUUUUAAAACGAUGUUGGCUGUUGUAUGGCAAAUUAAUUACGUCUUUGUAAUGUUUAGCGUAGAUGUAACGUAUAUUUAUUGCAUAUUUGUUAUUGCGAAAUAGUUUUCGGAUUAUACUGUAAUUACCGCGGGUACGCAUCCAUUACAUUACAUAUAGUAACGGCCCAAAUGAACAAAAUAAGAGAAUGUGUAAGAUACGAUUUGUACUAGCGAAAUUUAUGUUGGAAUAAGUUGUAAUACACUUUUAGUUGAAAAAUUGAAACCUAAUAUAGCACCCGCUUGAACACUGUUCUCAAAGGAAUACUCAAGCUUUCGAUUUUAUUCAUACCUGGAUGCACAUCGGAAAUGUUUGAUUAAAAUUUAAAACGUUACAUAUACGACGAGUAACGUUUGAAAAAAUAUAUCGAGUGUUUCUUAACGAUAUAUUAAUCUGUCUCGAGAGUCGGCGGUACUGAAAUACGAUUACGAGCUCGUCCUCAUAUUUUGUGCAGUAUUUACCUUGUUUUGCCGCAAUUACAGAGAAAAGAUAACGUAAAUAUUCCUAAUUUCCAAAAAUAGAAUGUUCAUUGCUUUAGUCACCAAUAUUUAUCUGCUUAAAACCUGCUUUCACAUGGCAUUCUGUUAACUGUUUUUCUUUCCCUUUUUUCCUCUUUUUUUUCCUUUUUUCUUCUAAAGAUGAAAGAUUGAUAAACUGGACCAAGUGGUAACUUAAUAGUUCUAUUUGUUGCAUCUUUAUUUAUUUUGUUAUCCUCUAUUAACAUUUUAUUUAUCACUCGAGCUAGGCUUUAAACAUAGUUUGAUCAUUGUUUCUUUCUUUUUUAUAAUCACUGAAUGAGAAAGAAUGUCGACGCUGUGUCUUUUUAGCAAGAUAGAUAACAAUAAAUUUAAGAGACAGUGAAAAUACACAUUUGAUCCUUUUUAUGGAUAAGUUAAUUGUAAAAUUACGGAAUAUAUCUCUAUUGACACUAAUAUGGAUUGUAAUUUAAAAUUCUCCAAUCACCGACGAUUAAGGGUUAUUCUCUGUAUAAUACACCGAAGUUAUGAAACAAAUUAUAUUUAUAAUUAUUAACAAUGAAAUACUAAAAUGUCUGAAUUUGCUAUUUAAA